AUGAAGUUUCCUAGUAGAUUAAAAGUUAAAUUUUACGGAGUUGCUAUUAGGACUGCUAUGUUGUAUGGGACGAAAUGUUGGCCAGUGAAAAAGACGUUUGAACAUAAGAUGGAAGCUACAAAAAUGCGUAUGGUGAGGUGGAUGUGCGGCAAUACAAUGAUGGAUAGAAUAAGUUACCAGGAGUUCAAAAAGAAGUUAGGGGUUGCCCCUCUUUCUGAAAAGAUGCGUGAAAAUAGGUUGAGAUGGUUUGAGUAUGAGAAGAGAAAGACUUAUGAUGCCCUCAUAAGAAGGAGUGAAAGCACCAUAUUGGAGGGUAAGAGAGGCGAGGAAGACCUAGGAGAACAUGAGAGGAACAGAUAA